AUGGGAAUCUGGAAUCUGCAUGAGGAAGACAUGCGGAAUUUCUACUUUGCUCUUCGUGUUCCGAAACGGGUUAAAAAACCGUGGAAACUAGUUCAUAAAACAGCCGUAGCGGUCUACAAUUCGCAAUCAGUUAAACAGUUCUACAUGUUGAGGCCUUAUAUUUUCAUUCUUGGAUCAUGGCGUCACGACUUUAUUCUCAACCUCCACUUAAUUAUCCCCCCCCCCUUCGGUCCCGACCCCCUGGCGGAUCUUCCUGUCUUUUUCCUUCUUCAGAUGCUUACUCUCGGUGGAAACCACCAAUUUUGUGGUCGGCUUCAAAUGAAGCUUAGCAAUGUGUCCAGGCGAAUUUAA